CAGAGCCAAUAGUCUCUGUGGAACAGCGACGUAGACAUUGGGUGGUGGCUGCAGGUUAGAGUGGUCAGAGCGAGUUAAAACAGAAAGACAGACAGUCAAAUUCCUCGUACGUUGUACUUAAAAGUUGAGAAUAUGACGAAAUGCUGGACAAGAAUUCUCCUACUGGUGAUGAUCGCCAUUCUUAUGCAGAGUGGAAGAGCUAUUGAAUCUGACAAUUCUGAAUCUUCUACCUCCAGUUCUGUUCCAUCAACUUAUAUUAGCUCCAGUUCUGUUUCAUCAACUGAUAUUAGCUCCAGUUCUGUUCCAUCAACUGAUAUUAGCUCCAGUUCUGUUCCAUCAACUGAUAUUAGCUCCAGUUCUGUUCCACCAACUUAUAUUAGUUCCAGUUCUGUUCCACCAACCUAUACUUCGGACGGUAGCUCCAGUUCUGUUGAAUCAAAUACUGAUAGUUCAGACGGCAGCUCCAGUUCUGAUGCAUUAAGUACUGAUUCAGUUACUCUCACCAGUGACUCUUCUACAAACCCAGUUGAAUCCACCACAACAGACAGACCGCUACUAACAGGAAAAGAACUGUUUAUGCGUACGGGAAAAGUUCUUGACGACAUCGACCAAUCUCUAGACAAAUUACAACAGCUUCUCGCACCAGAAAUGAGAGAAAAAUCGCAUACAGGGCCUCUGCACCUCACCGGCCAAAAGGUCAACAGAUAUUUCCGCCGGGAGGACGUCGGGACCAAAACAGAAAUGUGUCUGAAUGAUAAGCCGUCUUGCAUUGCCAUUGAACAGUCGUGUUCAGAUAUCACUGAUCUAACCAAGGUCUUAGCGGAUCAUCCAGAGUUAUGGGAUGACAAACUUCUAAGCCAGCUGGAAGAUGAUAGCGGAAUUCUUACUGAUGCGGUGGAAGAGGCCAAAAAGGAGGAUUUCAACGUGGCGACAACAAGCGCUAUGAUAGAGGAUGUAAAACAGCAAGUGAGCGAGGGCAGCCGAGUGGCCAGCGAUCAGGUCGAGGAAUACGAGAAGGCGGAGGAAGACAGCAUCAUCUUUACGUCGGUGUUCGGGACCAUUGGCGGCCUCAUGGCGGUAGGGCUGCUUGGCACUGUGAUUUUCGCGGUCGUCAGGGGCAAGAAGGUGUCCAAGACGAAGGAAAAGAAGGGGUAUAAUCAGGUUCGCGAAGAGAGAAUACCCGUCGGCGAUUUCCUCCGCGCCCACGACCACCCUCCGCCGGCGAGGAGUUCCGCCGAGGCCAGCAGCGCCCCUCACGCCCGCAGCGACUACGCCACGCCCUACGCCCACGAUGCCCCAGCCAACCGUGACCCCUACGCCCGCGGGAGGUCGCCUGGGGAGCCUCGCUCGUCUUACGCCCAGGGGAAGUCCGGGGGGCUGACCAGGCAUUACUAGGCAAGGGUAUAGGUGAGGACUGAUGCAAGGAGGACUUGUAUGGGUAGACCUUGGUACUAGGUGGGCGCUGGGGCAUCGGAUUCGCGCGUUUAGUAUUUCUCUUUUCUUUUUUCUUUUCUUUUAUUCUUUUUCGUUUUUCUUUUUCUUUUUCUUUUCUUUUCUUUUUGUUUUUGUUUUUCUUUCUUUUGU